CCCCGGUGCUCACUGCUCUGGCUGCUGCCAGCCGUGCCCGGGCUGUGCCGGGCUGCCAGCAUCGGCCCUGGAGCCACGGGGGCUGCCGGACCCUCGCGCAGCUGCCCCCCGACCCGCAAGGUACCAGGAGCACCUUCUUGCCCAAGGUGGGCACCUAUGCCCAAGGCACAGCCGAGCGGCCAGCCACCCACCUAGGCGGUCACAGCUUGCCAAGCGCCUGACCCCACGCCCAGCCUGGCCGCAAAGGGAUCAGGCACAGGCCAGGGGGCAGGUGAGUGGCCCAGGAGGGUGACCGUGGACAUCCUUGCCAAGCCCUGGCCCAAGGGAGGAAACGGCUGGAGGCAGGAAGCCAUUCCCUGGGGCCCCUGGAGUGCUUUUCCUCGAAGGUCAGCAGCGACACAACAGGAAAUCGCGCUGCCGCGGCGGGGCCGGAGCCGGAGAGCCACGCCGUGUCUCCUGAGGGGUACUCCCGGCCCCGGCCCUCCGUCCCGGCUCGGCGGCUCGCGGGGAGCCCGCGCCACAGCCGCCCUCCAUGGAAGGGGGACGGGAACCAGGGAGCAGCCGCUGGCCCCAGAGUGGAAAAUGCAGGGCCGAAGCCCCCAGCUGAGCAUGGAGCUGAACAGACUGCUCCUCCUCACAUCUUUCCUCCUGCACAUGAAAGCGGGCCGUGCCAGCCCAACACGGCUGGUCUGCGACACCAGACUCAUCCAGAAGUACAUCGGGGAGGCAAAGGACAUGGAGAAGAAAGUGAGCCAGUGCCAGGUGCUGCCCCCACUCAGCUGCCCCAUAGUGCUGCCCUUGGUGGACUUCAGCCUCCAGCAGUGGAGAACCAAGACGAACGAGACCAAGCAGCAGGAGAUCCUGUGCGACCUGGCACUGCUGGUGGGCGCUGUGGCGGAGGCCCAGAGGCAGGUGACCCAGGAGUGCACAGGCAGACAGCUGAGCCAGCUUUACAGACACGCCAACUCCUUCCUCCUGCUGCUGCAGACCUUCGGCAGGGAGGCAGGACCCCAGGAGCCAGGCUGCUCUCCACGCUCUAUGGAGCAGACACGCAUCACUGGGAUCUUCCUCACCUACCGGCAGCUGGUGCAGGGCAAGCUGCGCUUCUUCUUCCACGACCUGGCCAAGGACUCAUGCGAGCACGGUCAGGGGGGUGGCAGAGACCCCCCACCCAGGACCUGGUGAGGCUACACACAGGGCUCACUGCUGAUCUGAGGGCAGAGCAAACCUGGAGGACACUGGGCCACAUCCUGGCUGCCCAGGAAGGUGCCCGCAGGGAAAAGGUUGACUCCUUUUCCACAAGCCUCUGGCUACCACACAGCCCAUGGAGGCUGACAGCAAUAGCUGUGCACUGCUGGGCACAGCCCCGCUCCCACCCGGGUGGGCAGCUCUACUGUGAAGGCGUUACAAUUAAAAAGUUAUUUUUCUACAGAGC